AUGGCGUCCUACUUGAAAUUAUUUUACAUCGGAAAUGGUACUUAUAUCAUGUCCACGACACUGAUCAAGAUAUCAUUGCUCUUGCAGUAUCUUCGGGUCUUCAACGAUCAGAAAUUGAGAUAUGCAUGUUACGUCCUCCUGACAGUAACAUCUCUCUGGGGCAUAGCUUUCACCAUCUUGGCCUGGAUGCCGUGCAUACCCGUCAACGACUUUUGGUCCGUUCUCGUGCCUGAUAGUGAGAAGAACUGCUUCGGUUACGGCUCUUUGACCAGAGGCCCAUUCGUGGAGACCUUCACUGGGCAUGCGGGUUUCAACAUGGGUCUAGACGCUUUGAUAUUGUUGCUUCCAAUGUAUCUUUACUUUAAUACAAACGGGAUGGCGGUCAAUAGGGUUGGCUUGGCUGGCUUGUUGGCCGGAGGUUGCUUGCUCUGGAUGUUUAGAGUUGUUUGCAUCUCCAUUUGGCGCCUUGCGACGCUCAUUGCUCACCAAGCAGCGACGAGCCCAACCUUCGAUCCCUCCUGGUAUUCUCCCAUCAGCGUCGUCCUGUCGAUUGCAGAGGUGAAUGUGGCCAACAUCUGCGCCUCUGUUCCGGUCUUCUGGCCGGUGCUCACAAGCUCGCUCGACGAAAUCUUUGUGACAAAGGAGAUUCGUGUCGUCUCGGAGACUCGGGGAGAUGAGUUUGAGCUCCGCUCCCGCUCCAACAGCACGGGCACGUUUGAAUUCCACAGCAGCGCGCACAGUUCUGUACAUGGAGACAGGUCCGAGACCGACAAUAGCCAAGACCCCGACUUCAAAAUAGUGAGGUGCGACCUAUUCAAAAGCGCCAGCGAAACCGAAAAGGGAGCGGCGGGUGUACGCACGUUGAUUCGUAGCGAAAGCCAAUCGAGAGGGAUGAACCAACUUAGGUAG